AUGUUGUUCAUUCUGUCAGUUCAGCUACUGAUAAUGAUCAAGUGUAUGUUGUCAAAUGUUAGGUCCUUUGUUAAAAAUAGUGACGCUGUCAUUUCACUGUUAAUACGUGAGAGCUAUGAUUUGGUUUUUCUCUCGGAAUCUUGGUUAACUCCUAAUAUUGAAGUAUCUAGUUUGCUAGGUGUUGCUAACUCUCAGUACACUCAUCUCAGAUGUGAUCGUGCCAGAAGAAAAGGAGGGGGUGUCCUGAUUCUCAUUAGAAACGCUAUACCUCACAAUAUUGUGUUUAGUGAAUCAGUACCCGAAGCUUAUGAGAUUAUUGUUAUUGAUGCAUACCUUAACCUUACCACUGUCAGAUUCGUGUUAAUCUACAGGACUCCAUCUUGUAAUGCCCUCAAGACCAAUUUACUUCUUAAAGCUAUAAGUGACUUCAGUUCUCAUGAUGGAGCAACUCUCGUACUAGGUGACUUUAACAUGGCUGAUGCUAGCGUGUAUCAAAGUGAUGCAGGUAACUCUGUUUCUAAGGAGUUUGUCCAGACGCUGUACUCUCAUGAGUUUGUCCAACUAGUACAUACCCCUACCCGAGGCAGCUCCAUCCUUGACUUGGUCUUCUGCAAUCGCCGUUUCCUAGUCUCAGGAGUCAAUGUUCUACCACCCAUUGGUACCAGAUUUCUACUUAACAUUUAUAAACCUGACCCACAAGUCGCACUGGUUAGGGACUUCUCUCGAGUGGAUUGGCGGGCUGUCGGAGAUUACCUCGGAGGCGUCGACUGGAUUGGUUCCUUUGGUAGCGUUUGCUCAGUUAAUGAUAAGUACGAGUUAUUCCUGUCUAUUUUGAAUGAUGUCAUCAACACUUUUGUCCCACUUUGUAAUGUCAAGCGGGGGUACAGAUCCCUUCCCGGAUAUUUAGAUCGAAUGAUUACUCGUUGCGCAGAUCUCUGGGAUUUAGCGGUCAAAGAAAACACAGAAACCUGCUGGACUUCUUACAAACAGUUUACUCGAAAGCUGGAUAAGGCCCUUGCGAAAUACUAUGCAAGCGUUGAGAAUAAAAUAAUCGCUUCAAAGGUUCCCUCCAAACUCUAUAAUUAUAUAAAUUCACGAUUAAAAGCUAGGAACAAGUUACCUGCGCUGGUAGUUGAUGAGUCCCACCUCGCGAUCAGUGAUAAAGAUAAAGCUGAGCUAUUGGCCGAGAAGUUUCAACUAGCAUUUUUCAAACCAUUGCGAACAAUCCAUGGGAGACCUCACGCCACUUUGUCCUGCCAUGGAACAAACAGUUUGGUUUCAUCGGGAGGAGAUAUAUGA